GGUGCUACUGUAUAAUAUAUAUCCACAAUAUCGCAAGAAUUCCAUAACAAUGACUACUGUGGCCGAGCUUAACAAGCCAUUCUCUCCAUGUGACCUGAAGAAGGUCCGUGGAAUAGAGUUUGGUAUGUUUGACCCUGAGAUGAUAAAGCGCCUAUCGGUCUGCGAGGUCACGCAAACAGAGCUCUAUCGAGAGGGGGUUCCGCAUACAGGAGGUCUAAAUGACCUGCGUAUGGGUACAACUGACGCGCGUCAUAACUGCUUGACCUGUUUCAUGGAUGUAAAGUACUGUACAGGCCACUUUGGGCACAUAACGUUGGCCAAGGAGAUGUACCACUGCUGUCUGCUAACAUCGGUAUUGAAGGUGUUGCGCUGUGUCUGUUUCAAUUGCAGUAGUCUACUCUGUGACAAAGAGGACCCUCGUGUAAAAAAUCUAAUGAAGUUGCGCUCUACCGGCACUCGUCUGUUAAAAAUGGCAGAAAUAUGUACAAGUUCACCUCGAUGUCAGCAGGCUGAGGUCUCAGGUUCAAAAAUGAAGGGCUGCGGCUAUCCGCAGCCAAAGUAUACCAAGGAAGGCACUUCGUUAAUGAUUCAGUUCUCCGAUAAGCACCGCCAGAUGCUGGAGGAGGUUGACGAAGACUGCGAGGAGAUUAAGCGCAGCUUCACUGCCGAGGAGGCAUACAAGGUACUGAAAAAUAUAUCCCACGACGAUAUGAGGUACCUGGGAUUCAAUCCCGAGCGUUCCCAACCUGCAUGGAUGAUACUGAAAGUACUUCCGGUACCGCCACCGGCGGUGAGGCCAUAUGUAGCCUACGGUAGUGACCGUAGUGAGGAUGACCUGACACUGAAACUUCUAGACAUCGUUAAGGCCAACAACAUGCUGAGGAAGCAUGAGGAGCGUGCAACGGCACCGCACAUCGCAGAGGAGAUAUCGCAGCUUCUUCAGUAUCAUCUGACUACACUCUUUGAUAAUGAGUUGCCAGGUAUGCCAGUGGCGUCCACAAGAUCGAAGAAGCCAAUAAAGUCACUGCGAGCUAGACUCAAGGGUAAAGGCGGACGCCUUAGAGGCAACCUUAUGGGCAAGCGUGUAGACUUUUGCGCGAGGACCGUUAUUACGGGUGACCCCAACUUGCCUGUGGACGUUAUUGGCGUCCCGAAGUCAAUUGCAAUGACACUGACGUUCAGCGAGACGGUUACUCCACUGAACCUCGAGAAUUUACGAAAGAAGGUUGAGAUGGGCCCUCAUGAGUGGCCUGGUGCUAAAUAUAUUGUACGUGCAGAUGGUAGCCGUUUCGAUCUUCGCCACGUUAAACGAGCAAGUGACUUGCAACUGGAGUACGGCUACCGAGUGGAGCGCCAUUUGCAGGAUGGUGACUACAUCCUGUUCAACAGGCAGCCGUCGCUCCACAAGAUGAGUAUUAUGGGCCACCGCUGCAAGGUGCUACCGUACUCCACCUUUAGGUUGAACCUGUCCGUUACGUCACCGUAUAACGCCGACUUCGAUGGUGACGAGAUGAACUUGCACUUGGCACAGACCCAUGAAACUCGUGCCGAGGUGAAGCAUCUCAUGCUUGUGCCCAAGCAAAUCGUAUCGCCGCAGGGUAACCGUCCUGUUAUGGGUAUUGUGCAGGACUCGCUACUCGGUAUCAGCAAGUUCACCCGCAGGGACUGUUUCCUUACCAAGGACAUGCUGAUGAAUCUGUUAAUGUGGAUCCCAUAUUGGGAUGGCAAGCUCCCUCAGCCGUGUAUUUUCCACCCGGUGCCGCUGUGGACUGGGAAGCAGGUAGUCAGCAUAAUGCUGACGUUCGACCAGAUGAACUCCCUGACAUGCAUUAACCUAAUGAGGAACUCUGCAGUUGCACUGGAAAAUGAUAACCCAUAUUGCUCCGCUAAUGACUCUAAAGUCAUUAUCAGUAAAAAUGAGCAUCUAUCCGGUAUCAUCUGCAAGAAGACAGUGGGUACAAGCUCGGGAUCGCUUAUUCACGUACUGUGGCAUGAAGCUGGUCCCGACCGCUGUAAAGAUUUCUUAACAACACUACAGAAGGUAGUGAACAACUGGCUUGUGUACAACGGAUUCACGGUAUCGUGCUCGGAUAUUAUGGCCAGCGAGAGCACGCUUACCCAGGUAGCAGAGAUCCUAGAGAGAUCCAAGAAGGAAGUGCAACGUCUAGUAGGACUGGCACAAAGAGGCAAGCUUAAGUGUCAACCCGGUAAAUCAUUGUUUGAAUCUUUCGAAGCACGAGUGAACAAGGAGCUUAACGAAGCUAGGGAACAGAGUGGUACCAUUGCCGCCAAGAGUCUAGAUGAGCGCAACAAUAUACUGGCUAUGGUAAACAGCGGGUCCAAGGGAUCGACUAUCAACAUUUCACAGAUUAUAGCCUGCGUGGGCCAGCAGAACGUCGAGGGUAAGCGUGUGCCCUUUGGCUUCAGGGAUCGGUCACUGCCGCACUUUAUCAAGCAUGACUAUGGACCCGAGAGUCGUGGAUUCGUGUCGAACUCAUAUCUAUCGGGUCUCACGCCGCAGGAAAUGUUCUUCCACGCCAUGGGUGGCCGUGAAGGUGUUAUCGAUACCGCUUGUAAAACCUCUGAGACAGGAUACGUCCAACGUAGGUUGAUGAAGGCCAUGGAGGACAUUAUGGUACACUACGACAAGACAGUGCGUAGUGGCGGUGGUGAUAUAUUACAGUUCCUGUAUGGAGAGGAUGGAAUGGGCGCUGAAUACGUGGAAGACCAGACCCUGGACCUAAUGAAGCUGGAUUUCGCCAGCUUGAACAGAUUAUAUGCACACGAUUUCAGGAAUGAAAACUACGGUGUAGGAUGGAUCCUGGAUGAAAGUGUCAGGACGAAUAUCCUAACUGAUUUCAGUAAACAGGUAAUACUAGUGGAGGAGUACCAGCGGAUAUUGGACAUGAAGGCCAUAUUGUGCAAGCAGGUGUUCCCAGAUGGCGAGGCCAGGCAGCAUUUACCGAUUAACAUAUCCAGGCUACUGGAAUACGCCAAAACCCAGUUUCCCACUACCACCGAAAGUCGUAAACUUAUGAACCCAGUGGAUAUAGCACAGCGGGUCCAGCAGCUGCUGGACAGCCUGACCAUCGUGGUAACCAGUGGUCCUCACGAUAUCCUGGCUGCUGAGGCCCAGGAGAAUGCUACUAUCCUUAUAAAGGCUCAUCUAUCUACUGCCUUGAACUCAAGACGACUAAUGGAGCGUGAAAAAAUAGGCAACUUGGCAUUUGACUGGCUGCUUGGUGAGGUUAAGCGGAUAUUCUAUAAAUCUAUAUGCCACCCCGGUGAGUGCGUGGGUGCAAUUGCGGCACAGUCAAUUGGUGAGCCUGCCACACAGAUGACAUUAAAUACAUUCCACUUUGCCGGUGUCAGCUCAAAGAAUGUAACAUUGGGUCUACCGCGUCUCAAGGAACUUAUCAAUGUUGUGCGCAAUGUCAAGACACCAUCACUAACCAUCCACCUGGACCGUGGAGUGGCACACGACCAGGAGCGUGCCAAAGACAUGCAGACACGUUUGGAGUACACUACCCUGGACAAGGUAGUGGCACUAUCCCAGGUUAUAUACGACCCGAAUGUCUCGCAAACUAUUGUGCCAAAGGACUACGCGUGGGUUAGGGAGUACUAUGAAUUCCCCGAUGAGGACAUGAACCGCCUAGGCCCCUGGGUACUACGUAUACAAUUGAGUAACAAAGUAAUGACCGACAAGCGGCUGACAAUGAAAGAGAUAGUGGAUAGGAUCUACCAGGAGUUCAGCAAUGACGAGAUAGAUUGCAUACAUACUGACGACAACAAUGACGAACUGGUGCUCAGGAUAAGGGUUAAGUACUCCAACAUGGACGUGGAUCAGCAGAACAUGGGUGAAAAUGAAGGGGAAUUCCUACAAAGGUUCAUGUCACAGGUACUGGUAAAUGUGAAAUUGCGCGGUGUCAGCAAGAUAACAAAGGUAUAUAUGCGCGAGGAGGCAAGGACUAAGUAUAAUGAGACGAACGGGCGGUUCGAACGUGUUAGCCAGUGGGUCCUGGACACUGAUGGCUGUAACCUAGAGGACGUCCUGUCUAUACCCUGUGUGGAUGCACAGAAAUCUAUAUCCAAUGACAUAAGUGAGAUAUUCCACGUGCUAGGUAUAGAGGCUGCGAGAAUGGCACUGUUACGUGAACUGAGGGCAGUAAUCAGCUUCGACGGUAGUUACGUCAACUACCGCCACCUGUCAUUGCUGUGCGAUGUAAUGACCCAGAAGGGCCAUAUCAUGUCAAUCACUCGACAUGGGCUCAACCGUGCCGAUAGGGGGCCACUGGUCAAGUGUAGUUUCGAAGAGACGCUAGAGGCUUUAGUGGAUGCUGCUGUGUUUGCUGAACUGGAUUUGCUCAAGGGUGUUACGGAGAACGUUAUGCUGGGACAGCUGUGCCCUAUGGGUACAGGAAGCUUCGAUAUCAUGAUAGACGACGAGAAGCUGAGGGAUGCUAACCAGAAUUUGCAAAUCAUGCCGGAUUCGGCAUUAUCAGGAUUUACCAGCCCCGAGUCUACUAGCCCGGAUUCAAUGUCACCUGCCAAGAUCAAUUCCAUGCUAUCGCCACUGCCUUUCAGUCCAUCAUACGCCGCUUUAAUGAUGUCGCCCAUUGUGAACGUGUCGUCACCAAGUUUCGUGACAUCACCGGCCGUGGAUACCAAGGCACUGGGAGGAAGCUUCUCGCCUACAAUAAUGUCGCCGCAAUCGCCAGUGAGUCCAAGCUACGCGCCACUAUCGCCAAACCCGUUGUCACCCAACCCGCUAUCGCCUUCUAUGGGUAUGAUGUCGCCCACUAGCCCGGUAUAUUCCCCUACGAGUCCAGUAUAUGGACAAGCAGGUGGUGUUUACAGUCCAGCAAGCCCAGCUUAUUCGCCCACAAGUCCACUGUACUCCCCUACAAGCCCAGUGUAUUCCCCUACCAGCCCGGCUUAUUCGCCUACUAGUCCUGCCUACUCACCCACUAGUCCAGCAUAUUCCCCGACAAGUCCGGCUUAUUCACCCACGAGUCCUGCCUAUUCACCAACGAGUCCUGCUUACUCUCCCACGAGUCCAGCUUAUUCCCCUACCAGUCCUGCCUAUUCACCUACAAGCCCUAAUCUUGGAUAUUUGCCAACAAGCCCGGCUUAUAGGCCUACAAGUCCUGCAUACUCACCGACUAGUCCGGCUUAUUCGCCAACUAGUCCCGCGUAUUCACCGACUAGCCCAGUGUAUUCACCUACUAGUCCUGAAUAUUCGCCAGAAGAUCCGUUUUCACCGAAUCCCUUUGAAGAAGAAGAAAACUGAUUUAAUGUUUUUAAGUGUUGUUAAUGUUUUUUGUAGAUGCAGCGUGAAG